GUCGCGACCCUGAUUAUUCACGAUCAUUGCGAUCAUGAUCCCAGCAUUCUGUCUUCUCAGGCAUUCGUGAUCGCUUUCACAACGGACAUCAUUCCACGUCUUACAUAUCGGAUUUGGUAUACCUCGGACUUGAACUUACGCGGUUACAUCAACGCUUCUCUCGCAGUAUUCAACACCUCGGACUUCGACAAGGACUUCCUGUCCGAUGAGUAUAUAAAUGGGACGAUGCCAGAGACGUGUCGCUUCCCGGGAUACCGUGCACCCCGUGCAUCCUCCAACCAGAAUGGGCCGCACAAUUCUUUUGCUGUCACC